AUGGCGGCACAGAAAGGGAAGAAGUUGUCCUCAAAGGCACCCCAAGAGAAGUCGAAGGCCAAAACUGCCACUCCUCCACCAGAGUUAAUUGCGUCGAUUGCCGCUUUUUUGUCAGAGUCUGGCUUCAAAAGUACAAGCGAGGCUCUUGCCAAGGAGCAGUCAAAAAGGUCAAUCGUCAAGGCCGACUCGAAGGAUGUCCCCUCACUGCUGGACAUCUUCCAGAGCUGGCAGGACCGGAAGAGCGACAACAAACCGGCCAGUCCUUCCAGCUCUGAGUCCUCCAGUAGCUCAUCGAGCGAGAGCAGCUCCGACAGCGAUAGCGGCUCGAGCAGCAGCGAGGAUGAAUCCAGUGACUCCGAUGUUGAGAUGAAUGACGCGCCGAAAAUGCAAAAGAAGCAAUCUAGAGAAUCCUCUCCUUACUCGUCUUCCUCUUCCAGCUCUGAUAGCGAUGCCGAUGACGAAGAGGACGAUGAUGCCGUCCCCGCGCCUGCUCCAGCGUCGAAGACCACCGGCACCAAGCGCAAGGCCGAAUCGAGCUCAUCCGAAUCGUCUUCGGAUUCCGAUUCCGAGGACGAGGCACCGAAGACAAAGAAGGCCAAGCUCUCGACCAAGUCAGACUCAUCCUCAUCUUCCGAGUCGUCGGGUUCGUCGUCCUCCGAGUCCGACUCCUCCGACAGUGAGAGCAGUUCUUCUUCCUCUGAUUCCAGCUCAGACUCCGACUCCUCGUCUGAAUCCCAGGAGGAACCCGCCAAGAAAGCUGCUAAGAAGACCCUGAAAACUGCUGUCAAGACCCCGUUGCCUGAGUCAAGCUCAAGCUCGUCCAGCGACUCUAAUUCAUCCUCCUCCUCCGACGAAUCCUCCUCCGAUGAGGAUCAGAGUAGCGGUAGCCCCAGCACCUCGUCCUCGCAGAACUCGUCAUCUGCCAGCAGUGGAACUGUUCAACCCUCUGAUUCCGAUGCGAAGAAGCCUGUGAACAAGACUACAAAGCAGGUUCAGGAGACCAGUUCGUCCAGCGCCAGCCCGGCUCCCGGAAAUGACUCAGCCAAGAAGAAGCACACUGGAGCUCGUCCCACACCUCUCGCUGUUCUUAGUGAGCUGCCACACGACCACCCCUCGAACGCCUACAUCCCAUAUGCCUACGCCGAAAAGGCUUGGCAGGAUCUGUCUGUAACUCGUGGCAAGGGCUUCACAAAAGAGAAGAACAAAAAGAAGCGUGGCUCCUACCGUGGGGGGCCCAUUGACAUCUCGGGAGGCAAGUCCUUCAAGUUUGAGGACUAA